CAGCCCUAUUGGCUGCUGUGAGUCGAGUAACGUCUCACAGGAGGUACCGCUGGAAAGCUACACUUCCAGCGAUUCCGCGGAUAUCUGAAUCAUAUUUCUAAUCCUUAUAUGAUUAAAUACGUCAAAUAUGCGCACCUCGAAGAACCGGCUCGUCCACCGACUACAGAGGGUUAACCACUGACUUAGAGUCACAAGAUGUUAGAUUAUAGGUCCAUUGAAUGGGGCUAUGAGGCCCUCCACUGGGCCCUGGAGAAAAGCUGCUAUAUAGAUGGACAGCCUUCGUUUCAAAGACAAGUCCAUGUACAAAACAGGAUGGAACCAUAAUAAGGAGACUUUGCUGCAACUAUUGCCUGGAGAAAAGGCAAGGAGCUGGAACAUUAUGUAAAUCAGUAGGCGCAAGGAUCACCAUACAACCGCUUUGUCCAUCAAAGAGUACAACACAGACCAUAUUGCCUCAAAAAUCAACAUGUCUCAGGCCGAGGACACAUCAACUGACCAGCAAGAAAGACCAGUGUCUCCUGCACCCAGUGAUCUUUCCAUGAAGAGUGACUGGUCCAAGGAGGACCCUUUACACUUCAGAAAACGAGAACCAGGCCUGCUUGAGCCAGAAAGACCAGUGUCUCCUGCACCCAGCGAUCUUUCCAUGAAGAGUGACUGGUCCAAGGAGGACCCUUUAAACUUUAGAGAAAGAGAACCGGGCCUGCUUGGGCAAGAAAGACCAGUGUCUCCUGCACCCAGCGAUCUUUCCAUGAAGAGUGACUGGUCCAAGGAGGACCCUUUAAACUUCAGAAAACGAGAACCAGGCCUGCUUGAGCCAGAAAGACCAGUGUCUCCUGCACCCAGCGAUCUUUCCAUGAAGAGUGACUGGUCCAAGGAGGACCCUUUAAACUUCAGAGAAAGAGAACCAGGCCUGCUUGGGCAAGAAAGACCAGUGUCUCCUGCACCCAGCGAUCUUUCCAUGAAGAGUGACUGGUCCAAGGAGGACCCUAUAAACUUCAGAAAAAGAGAACCAGGCCUGCUUGAGCCAGAAAGACCAGUGUCUCCUGCACCCAGCGAUCUUUCCAUGAAGAGUGACUGGUCCAAGGAGGACCCUUUAAACUUCAGAGAAAGAGAACCAGACCUGCUUGAGCCAGAAAGACCAGUGUCUCCUGCACCCAGCGAUCUUUCCAUGAAGAGUGACUGGUCCAAGGAGGACCCUUUAAACUUCAGAAAAAGAGAACCAGGCCUGCUUGAGCCAGAAAGACCAGUGUCUCCUGCACCCAGCGAUCUUUCCAUGAAGAGUGACUGGUCCAAGGAGGACCCUUUAAACUUCAGAGAAAGAGAACCAGGCCUGCUUGGGCAAGAAAGACCAGUGUCUCCUGCACCCAGCGAUCUUUCCAUGAAGAGUGACUGGUCCAAGGAGGACCCUAUAAACUUCAGAAAAAGAGAACCAGGCCUGCUUGAGCCAGAAAGACCAGUGUCUCCUGCACCCAGCGAUCUUUCCAUGAAGAGUGACUGGUCCAAGGAGGACCCUUUAAACUUCAGAGAAAGAGAACCAGAGUCAAAUAUCCUGCUUGGGCAAGAAAGACCAGUGUCUCCUGCACCCAGCGAUCUUUCCAUGAAGAGUGACUGGUCCAAGGAGGACCCUUUAAACUUCAGAAAAAGAGAACCAGGCCUGCUUGAGCCAGAAAGACCAGUGUCUCCUGCACCCAGCGAUCUUUCCAUGAAGAGUGACUGGUCCAAGGAGGACCCUUUAAACUUCAGAGAAAGAGAACCAGGCCUGCUUGGGCAAGAAAGACCAGUGUCUCCUGCAUCCACCAACAUUGUAGGAGAUGAUCCUCUUGACCUCAUGCCUAAACAAAGCAGCGCUUCCAAUACAACAAGCAAGGAUGAACAAGACCGCAGAAAAGUCAAGGAUAAACAACACAAACUAAAAGAAGACCUAAAAAAGAGGAUCGGCAAGCUGCAUGAAAAGGAACUGAAAGUAACUGACACUGAACUCUACGAGAUACCAGCUGAGAAAGACAAGGACCCUAAAGCACAAACCUUUGAUACAUUAUUUCAAAAAUCAAAGAAAGAGAAAGUGCGAACAGUGCUAAUGACGGGAGUAGCUGGAAUUGGUAAAACAUUUCAAAAAAACGUAUUCAUGGUAGACUGGGCAAAAGAAAGAUCUAACAAAAAUAUAGACUUUAUAGUGUCGUUAAACUUCAGUAAGCUGAAUUCAAUGAGCGCUCAAAGCCUGAAACAACUGAUUGGUAAUUCCCUCAAGGUUGAAAAACAUGGAGAUUACAAGUUUGACGAAUGUAAACUUGUUUUUGUCCUUGAUGGCCUGGAAAAAUGUGAACUUCCUCUGGAUUUUGCAAAGAACAUGGACCUGAAGGAUAUUGAAGAGCAAGCCUCGAUGGAUUUGCUGCUAACAAACCUCAUCAAGGGGAAUUUGCUUCCCUCUGCUCAUCUUUGGAUCCUCUCUCAACCUUCAGGAGUUGAUAAGAUUCCUCCUGAAUACAUCCAGCGAGUGACAGAAUGUCAAGAAAACUUGAAGCGACGGCAGAAGCUGGCCUCAGCUCUAAGAGGAAGAUUGCUUGAGGAAGCAUCUCCAUAUGAACAUGUUAAUCCUCCUAACCAGAAAAACACUGAACACAUCAUAAGAGAGGUCAAUGGAGAAUCUGUGAAACGGGUAAAGGCCGUAUCUGACAUCUUUAAAGAAGAAGAUGGAAAAACGAUCCGUACUGUGCUGACUACUGGAGAAAGUGAAAUUGGAAAAUCCUUAUGUGUGCAGAAAUUCAUCAGAGAGUGGGCUAAAAAUGACAACGGCUAUUUUACUUGGUUUAAGGCUUUAUGGGCCAAAGCCCAAGCUAAAGAAGUAGACGUUAUAUUUCCACUUAACAUCUUAAAGCUUCAAACGAUAAGAAAUAAUGAAACCAGUUUGAUGGAACUUCUUUAUGAUUUCGUCAAGGAAACAAAGGAAAAUGUCAUCUCUAACAUUGAGCAGUUUAAAGUUUUAUUUGUCUUGGAUGGAUUUGAUGCCUACCAACCUCCUCUUGACUUUGACAACAAUGACAAAGUAACUGAUGUCAGAGAGCGCGCUUCAGUGGAUGUUCUACUGACAAACCUCAUCAAAGGAAACUUGUUUCCCUCUGCCCGGCUUUGGAUAACCUCCCGACUCAAGUUGCCUGAUGCAUGUGUCCACAGGACGACAGAAAUACGAUGUAAGCCUGAUGCUGCAAGUCACCAGACACUCAAAACCCAGCUGAAGGAACAAUUUACCCAUGUGAGCGAGGGGAUUGAUAAGCAGAAAACCUCUGCUCUUCUUAAUGCCAUCUACACAGAUCUCUACAUCAUCGAGGGAGAGAGGGGAGAGAUACAUUCUCAGCAUGAGGUCAAACAAGUUCAAGACGCAAAGUUCAAACCAGUGACACAAGAAACAUCGAUUAAAUAUCAUGACAUUCUAAAAUCUGCAGCUGGUGAAAAUAGACCCAUUAGAACUGUGCUGACGCUAGGAUUGGCAGGCAUUGGAAAGACGUUUGCUACAAAGAAGUACAUGUUGGACUGGGCUGAGGGUAAGGCCAACGGGGAAAUAUUUUUUAUAUUUCCACUUUCUUUCCGGGAGCUGAAUUUGAGAAAAAAGGAAGAACACACCUUGGAGGAACUCAUUUUUCAGUUUUGUCCAGGAAUGAAGACAUCAGAAAUAAAAGACUAUGACAAGUACAGCAUUCUGAUUGUACUGGAUGGUCUUGAUGAAUGUCGCCUUGAACUUGACUUCAAGAAUGCUGUAUUUUGCACAGAGGUGAGUAAGCGAACCUCAGUGAGUGUCCUACUAACAAACCUCAUCCAAGGAAAUCUGCUGUCCAAAGCUCAAAUCUGGAUCACCUCCCGACCUGCAGCCGCCAAUCAUAUCCCUGCUGAUAAAGUUGACCGGGUAACAGAGGUGCGAGGAUUUAAUGAUGAGCAAAAGGAGGAGUACUUCAGAAAAAGAUUCAGUGAUAAAGAUUUGGCAGAAAAAAUCUUGUUGCACGUCAAGAAAUCAAGGAGCCUUUACAUCAUGUGUCACAUUCCUGUCUUCUGUUGGAUCACAGCAAGCGUUCUGGAAGACGUUGUGAGAGAAACUGAAAAAGAAGGAGAGAGAGCAAAGACAAACGAAGACAGGAUGCCCAAGACUUUAACUGAUAUGUACAUAUACUUCCUCCUGUUACAAUGCAAACAGGCUAAUGUCAAGUACGCUUCAGAUGAAGCAGGUGACAAUUCUAAAACAGAUUCAUGCUGGAAUGCAAGGAACAAGGAAACAAUCAUUUCUCUGGGUAAAGUAGCUUUUGAGGGUCUAAGGGAAAGGAACCUUCUCUUCGAUGAACAAAAGUUGAAAGAGGAUGAGGUUAACAUCCAAGAAACUGCAGUCUUCUCUGGACUUUUUACUCAAAUCUUUAAAGAAGGAUGUGGGCUGUACCCACAGAAAAUGUUCUGCUUUGUUCAUCUGAGCAUUCAAGAGUUCCUGGCUGCUUUGUAUGUCUUUCAGAUAUUCAACAACACAGGUGAAAAUCUGCUUUCCCUGCCCAAUCCAACAGAUAAAGACAUGCCUGAAGGAUUCUACACGACAGCGAUUGACAAGGCUUUAGAUAGCGAAAAUGGGGACUGGGAUCUGUUUCUCCGCUUCCUCUUGGGCCUCUCUCUGGAAACGAAUCAGAGUCUAGUGCAAGAACUUCUGAGGAAGACAGAAUACAACGUACAGACUAACAAGGAAACAAUUGGGUACAUCAAAGAAAAGAUUAAAGAUGAGAAGACUCAUGCAGAUAAAAAAUGCAAUCUUUUCUACUGUCUGAAUGAGCUGAAUGACCACUCUCUGGUUGAAGAAGUGAAAAAGUACCUCUGCUCAGAAAGUGUCACAUUUGAAGAUUUCACCACCUCCCAGUGGUCAGCUCUGACUUUUGUGCUGCUAACAUCAGAUGAGAGGCUUGAUGUGUUUGAUCUGAAGAAGUACCUCAAAUCAGAGACUGUUCUUCUUGGAAUGUUACCGGUUGUCAAAGUGUCCCAAACUGCUUUGCUGAGCUGGUGUACUCUCUCUGAGGACUCCUGCAGAGGUCUGUCAUCUUUAGUCCUCAGCUCCCCAUCCAAUAAUCUUACAGAGCUCAACCUGAGUCAUAACGACUUGCAUGAUUCAGGUGUGGAAAUGCUUGCUGAGGGCCUAAAGAGUAUGCACUGUAAACUGGAGAUUCUCAAGCUGUCAGGUUGUCAGGUGACGGAGAAAGGCUGCUCAUUCCUGGCGUCAGCUAUCCAGUCCAAAAAACCCUCCCUGAAACACCUGGACCUGAGUUACAAUCACCCAGGAGACAAUGGGAGGAGGCUGCUCUCUGAAAUAUAUGAAGAUCCAGAUUCGAAGCUGAAGACACUCUGUUUGGAUCACUGUGGAGCGCAUCGCAUGAAGACAGGGCUGAAGAAGUAUGGUGCUGAUCUAAAGCUUGAUGAAAACACAGCAAGCAAGAGGCUUAUAUUGUCUGAGGAGAACAGAAAAGUAAAAACUGUGCGGAUGGUGAAGGAAAAGGUGGAGCGACCUGAACACAAGGACAGGUUUAUGAGGAGCCAGGUGAUUUGUGGGGAGGGCAUGCAAGGCCUCUGCUACUGGGAGGUGGAGUGGGAAGGGAGGGUUGGCAUCGCAGUGACAUAUGAAGCAGUGGGUAGAGGAUGGGAUAGAAGUGGUGGCCUAGGAUGCAACGAGAUGUCCUGGAGUCUGCUCUGCUCGAGGACUCAGUACCAUUCCAUACAUGGAAAAACAUGGAAACUUAUUGAGCCCAACAAUGAGAAGACAUCCAAAGAUAUUACGUCCAAAGACGGGAAGACUUCCAAAGAUAGGAAAACGUCCAAAGAUGGAAAUACAUCCAAAUAUGGGAAGACGUCCACAGACUUUAAGUUCAAAGAUGGAAAGACAACUAAGGAUGGGAAUAUUUCCAAAGACGGGAAUACAUUCAAAAAUAUUAUGUCCAAAAAUGGAAAGACAUCCUCAGAUGGGAAGAUGUCCAAAGACAUUGCGUCAAAAGAUGAGAAGACAUCAAGAGAUACUGAGUCCAAAGAUGAGAAGACAUCAAGAGAUACUGAGUUCAAAGAUGAGAAGACAUCAAAAGAUACUGAGUCCAAAGAUGAGAAGACAUCAAGAGAUACUGAGUCCAAAGAUGAAAAGACAUCAAAAGAUACUGAGUCCAAAGAUGAGAAGACAUCAAAAGAUACUGAGUCCAAAGAUGAGAAGACAUCAAAAGAUACUGAGUCCAAAGAUGGGAAGACAUCAAGAGAUAGGAAAACGACAAAAGAUGGAAAUACAUCCAAAUAUGGGAAAAACUCCAAAGACUUUAAGUUCAAAGAUGGAAAGACGACUGAGGAUGGGAAAACUUCCAAGGAUGGGAAUACAUUCAAAAAUGGGAAGACAUCCUCAGAUGGGAAGACGUCCAAAGCUGAGAAGACAUCCAAAGACCCUGAGUCAAAAGAUGAGAAGACAUCCAGAGAUCCUGAGUUCAAAGAUGGGAAAACGUCCAAAGACUUGAAGUUCAAAGGUGGAAAGACGACUAAGGAUGGGAAAACUUCCAAGGAUGGAAAUACAUCCAAAUAUGGGAAGACAUCCACAGACUUUAAGUUCAAAGAUGGAAAGACAACUAAGGAUGGGAAUAUUUCCAAAGACGGGAAUACAUUCAAAAAUAUUAAGUCCAAUCAUGGAAAGACAUCCUCAGAUGGGAAGAUGUCCAAAGACAUUGCGUCAAAAGAUGAGAAGACAUCAAGAGAUACUGAGUUCAAAGAUGAGAAGACAUCAAGAGAUACUGAGUCCAAAGAUGAGAAGACAUCAAAAGAUACUGAGUCCAAAGAUGAGAAGACAUCAAAAGAUACUGAGGCAAAAGAUGGGAAGACAUCAAAAGAUACUGAGUCCAAAGAUGGGAAGACAUCAAGAGAUAGGAAAACGACAAAAGAUGGAAAUACAUCCAAAUAUGGGAAAAACUCCAAAGACUUUAAGUUCAAAGAUGGAAAGACGACUGAGGAUGGGAAAACUUCCAAGGAUGGGAAUACAUUCAAAAAUGGGAAGACAUCCUCAGAUGGGAAGACGUCCAAAGCUGAGAAGACAUCCAAAGACCCUGAGUCAAAAGAUGAGAAGACAUCCAGAGAUCCUGAGUUCAAAGAUGGGAAAACGUCCAAAGACUUGAAGUUCAAAGGUGGAAAGACGACUAAGGAUGGGAAAACUUCCAAGGAUGGGAAGACAUUCAAAAAUGGGAAGACAUCCAAAGACCUUGAGUCAAAAGAUGGGAAGACAUCAAAAGAUACUGAGCCCAAAGAUGGGACAAUGUCCAAAUUGCCUCUUUAUAAAAGAAUAGCAGUAUUUUUAGAUUGGGAAGCUGGCACUCUGACCUAUUACGGUGUCACACAAGAAAAGCUGAGCCUUAUACACACCUUCCAUGCCAGAUUCACAGAGCCCCUCUUCCCAUGCUUCUGGUUUCAGAAGGGCUCUGUGACCUUGUGUAAAAUAGACUGAACUCCCUGAGAUAGGGGAAGUCUUCAAUUGAUGCUCCAUUUGACUUCAAUGGAAUAGCAAAACCUUGCCUGCAUCGUAUCAAUACCAUGAUGUAAAAGACUGAAAGACACUAUAUUAACAUAGUUCCUCUUGCCGGAAGAUGUUUGUUCAAUUCAUGUUUACUUAAAUACUUUUCUUACCUAUAGCCUGAAUUUAUGAAAGUAUGUUGCAGUUCCUUAAACUAGUAAGAGUAUGCGAACAGAUGAUCCAUAUGAGUAAGCAGCAUUGUGUCAACUUUCAAAUUAAAUUACAAGGAAAUAUUCAGUUUUUACAAUUCAAAGAAUUUCAUGUAAGUAAAUGUGAGAUGUAUUGUAAUAAAAAUGAAAAGUGUUAUAGAAGAACUGUAUGCUAACUAUUGCAGCCGCUUAUACAGAACAACUGAUUUCCCGCCAUUAUUUUAAUAAAUGUUGUUUUAAAUUAAUGUAAUGUCAUUGAUGUUGUAGGGCAUUCGCAAAAAUAAAAAAAAAUAUUUUGUUUUAUUAAACCAAAGUGUGUCUUUAUAUAAAACAUAUAUGUAUGCAUACACACAAUUGUACAUCUUCGUUUGUAAAUAUAAUUGUAUAAUACUUGUAUUUGUUUUAUAUUCUACCUUCUUCUAUUUUUUUGUCCAUUUAAAAUGUCAAAUUUCCUUCAGUGUCCUUCAGAUGGCAAUCUGUGUGUGAAGAGCAAACAACAUUGUGCAGAAUGUAUUUUAUAAUAAAAAGAUAAAUAGAGA